GUGGAGUAGGUACGGUCAGUUAGCUUUCCGAACAAAAUUAUCCUAGUGCGUGCAGUGCGAACGACACUCGCGGGCAGGGAACCACCGACGGGCGAUACGAUGGCGGCCGCAGGUGAUGGGAGCAGGAGGAAGACGGCGUGCGUCACCGGAGGGAACGGGUACAUCGCGUCGGCGCUCGUGAAGAUGCUGCUGGAGAAGGGAUACGCCGUGAAGACGACCGUCAGAAACCCAGAUGACAUGGAGAAGAACUCCCACCUAAAGGAUCUUCAAGCGCUGGGCCCGUUGGAGGUGUUCCGCGCCGACCUGCAAGAAGAGGGCAGCUUCGACGACGCCGUUACUGGCUGCGACUAUGUCUUCCUCGUCGCCGCUCCGGUGAACCUCAAAACAGAGAACCCCGAGAAAGACAUGGUGGAGUCUGCCGUCGGAGGAACUCUGAACGUGAUGAGAUCUUGCGUGCGAUCCAACAGCAAGCUGCGACGGGCUGAUCGCUGCAGCUCACGUACUCGGUCGAUCUAUCUUACGGAGUAG